UAUCGUUAUCGAUGACCAAAUAAUAUAGUAACAAUAAAAGUCGUAAAAAUAAUAAUGGGAAGUCCAGAAUUGCCCUCAGAUCCCGGUCAAGAGGGACUUCCAACCCCACCGGUUGACCAUCCACGGGGAGGGGUGGAGAGCGAGGAUGACGAUGAUUCGGAUGCAUACGACGGCUACCAACCACUCGCUUUGGAUGAGGAGAACGAUGCAGCGGAUCCCGAGGAGAUGUCCAGGGAGCAGGAGACCCCGUCCGCGGAUAAUGACGAAGAUGUUGACCUGAUGACUGCCCCAGUCACCCACGGAGACCCCAACAUGCCUGCCAUUGAGCCCGCUGACGUGGAAAUCGAGAGACAAGUCUGGAGUGAACCAAGACCCAGGGAACUCCAAAUGGAUCUUGACAAAACUCGAACGGAACAGAUACUCAAAGCGAUGUCCACUAUAACGUUACCCAACAUCACAGUGCCGGAUUGGGCCAGAGGAGUGCCCGAGGAGCAUUGGAAGCAUGAGCUGCUGGACCGGAUUAACAACCGGCACCAUCCACCCGAACCCUCAACGUCGUCGUCGCGCGAGAGUCAUCAGCAUUCCAAGAAAGAAUAGCGUUUGUGUGUAUUUAGAAAAAAAGUUCUCCAAUAUAUGUAUAAUUUAG